AAAUCUUGGAAAAAAUGGAAAAAAAGGCAACAAGCAAUGAGACUGAGCCGUUGACUUCCAAGAAAGAUGUCUCAAACUGUAAUGAAGGAGAAGAUUGUAAAGAGAAUGGACUUUUGGUCAGGAACCCUAAAUCUGCCCUACGGCUAGUGGAGGAUGGCAAUAAAGUCCAUCCCAGCCAGGGAGAUAAAGGGGAGGCAGCUCAGAUUUCAAAUGGUUAUUCAGGAGUUCCGAGCUCUGUUCCCUGCAAUGGAAUGGGAGAGGUGGAAGAUGCCCAGUGCACUGCCCCUGCAGCCACAACCACCACUACAACCACCACUUCUACCACCUGCGGAGCAGAAGGCCAGCAGCAGCUGAUGGAGCUGGAAGAUAGAGAGACGUGGAGUAAAAAAAUUGACUUUCUACUCUCUGUCAUUGGAUAUGCAGUGGAUCUGGGAAACGUGUGGAGAUUUCCUUAUAUAUGCUAUCAGAACGGAGGAGGAGCAUUCCUCAUUCCUUACACAAUUAUGGCCAUCUUUGGAGGGAUUCCUCUCUUCUACAUGGAACUAGCACUAGGACAGUACCACAGGAAUGGGUGUAUUUCAAUUUGGAGAAAAAUAUGUCCUAUAUUCAAAGGAAUUGGCUUUGCCAUCUGUAUAAUAGAUCUUUACGUAGCCUCCUACUACAACACCAUCAUGGCUUGGGCCUUUUACUACCUCGUCUCCUCCUUCACGGCGGAGCUGCCAUGGACGAGCUGCACAAACGCCUGGAACACAGGCAACUGCACCAACUACUUCAGCAAGGACAACAUCAGCUGGACCCUGCACUCCAUUUCGCCCGCGGAAGAAUUUUAUACCCGCCAAGUUCUACAGGUGCACAGGUCCAACGGGCUGGAUGACCUGGGGGGCAUUAGCUGGCAACUGACCCUCUGUUUAUUGUUAAUCUUCACCAUUGUAUACUUCAGCAUCUGGAAAGGGGUCAAAACAUCUGGCAAGGUGGUAUGGGUGACUGCCACAUUCCCUUACAUCAUACUCUUUAUCCUGCUAGUGAGAGGUGCAACGUUGCCUGGAGCCUGGAGAGGUGUCCUCUACUACUUGAAACCUGACUGGCAGAAACUCCUGGCCACUGAGGUUUGGGUGGAUGCAGCAGCACAGAUUUUUUUCUCCCUUGGUCCAGGUUUUGGAGUCCUAUUGGCUUAUGCCAGCUACAACAAAUUCCAUAACAACUGCUACCAAGAUGCUCUGGUUACCAGUACCGUGAACUGUGUGACUAGUUUUGUGUCUGGGUUCGUCAUUUUCACUGUGCUGGGAUACAUGGCUGAGAUGAGGAACGAAGACGUAUCAGAAGUUGCCAAAGACACUGGACCCAGCCUUCUCUUCAUUACGUAUGCUGAGGCCAUUGCAAACAUGCCUGCUUCCACUUUCUUUGCCAUCAUCUUUUUCCUGAUGUUACUCACGCUGGGAUUAGACAGCACGUUUGCAGGACUUGAGGGAGUGAUUACUGCAGUACUGGAUGAAUUCCCACAUGUCUGGAGCAAACGCAGGGAAUUGUUUGUCCUUGGUCUGACCAUCGUUUGCUUUUUGGGGUCAUUAGCAACCCUGACAUUCGGAGGAGCAUACGUGGUAAAGCUGUUUGAAGAAUACGCCACUGGUCCAGCUGUCCUAACAGUCGUCCUUCUGGAAGCGGUUGCUGUGGCCUGGUUCUACGGCAUCACCCAGUUUUGCAAGGAUGUGAAAGAAAUGCUAGGCUUCACCCCAGGCUGGUACUGGCGAGUUUGCUGGGUAGCAAUUAGUCCCAUCUUCCUUCUGUUCGUCACUUGCAGCUUUCUGUCCAAUCCUCCUGAACUACGGCUUUUUGAUUAUAAUUAUCCCUACUGGACCACAGUAGUGGGUUACUGCAUAGGAACCUCUUCUGUCAUCUGUAUUCCAAUCUACAUGGUUUAUCGGUUGAUCAUCACUCCAGGAACACUUAAGGAGCGUAUUCUGAAAAGCAUUACUCCAGAAACAGCUACAGAAAUUCCUUUUGGAGACAUCCGCAUGAAUGCAGUAUAAGCAAACCUGUUUUCUGAGGGGAAAGAGGGGGAGCAUAAAAAAGUAACUUUCCUCAGAGUCUCCCCCCCCAAAGAAUUACAUUUCCAGCUGAGACAACAAACGGAGGAGUUUUCUGCGGAGGCUGCGUCACUGACAACAGGCAUUUGG